CGGAAGCAACGCGUCACAUCCCGUCACUGCCAUGGCUCCAGACCUUACGACAACCCCCCAAAGCGAUGCCAGUGAGAGUGGACGAUUCGGUGAAGGAGGACACACUUGCUAAGCCUACUCUUGGUCUGCCUUUGCCUUUGGUCUGACAUAACCAGAAGGGGUCAGGAUGGACGGCGUGACCCCUGCCUGGUUGCUCUUCCUGGUGACCUGUUGCUGGCAGAGAGCGGACUCCUUCCCCUCUACUACUCCGUACUCCCUCAUGGACACCAACUCCCCUUCUUCAGCAGUGGAUCCCUUGCCUUCUACUCCUCCUGACACUCCCCCGAAGGACACCAACUCCCCUUCUUCAGCAGUGGAUCCCUUGCCUUCUACUCCUCCUGACACUCCCCCGAAGGACACCAACUCCCCUUCUUCAGCAGUGGAUCCCUUGCCUUCUACUCCUCCUGUCACUCCCCCGAAGGACACCAACUCCCCUUCUUCAGCAGUGGAUCCCUUGCCUUCUACUCCUCCUGUCACUCCCCCGAAGGACACCAACUCCCCUUCUUCAGCAGUGGAUCCCUUGCCUUCUACUCCUCCUGUCACUCCCCCGAAGGACACCAACUCCCCUUCUUCAGCAGUGGAUCCCUUGCCUUCUACUCCUCCUGACACUACCCCGAAGGACACCAACUCCCCUUCUUCAGCAGUGGAUCCUUUGCCUUCUACUCCUCCUGACACUACCCCGAAGGAGACCAACUCCCCUUCUUCAGCAGUGGAUCCUUUGCCUUCUACUCCUCCUGACACUACCCCGAAGGACACCAACUCCCCUUCUUCAGCAGUGGAUCCUUUGCCUUCUACUCCUCCUGACACUACCCCGAAGGAGACCAACUCCCCUUCUUCAGCAGUGGAUCCCUUGCCUUCUACUCCUCCUGUCACUCCCCCGAAGGACACCAACUCCCCUUCUUCAGCAGUGGAUCACUUGCCUUCUACUCCUCCUGACACUACCCCGAAGGAGACCAACUCCCCUUCUUCAGCAGUGGAUCCCUUGCCUUCUACUCCUCCUGACACUACCCCGAAGGACACCAACUCCCCUUCUUCAGCAGUGGAUCCCUUGCCUUCUACUCCUCCUGACACUACCCCGAAGGACACCAACUCCCCUUCUUCAGCAGUGGAUCCUUUGCCUUCUACUCCUCCUGACACUACCCCGAAGGACACCAACUCCCCUUCUUCAGCAGUGGAUCCUUUGCCUUCUACUCCUCCUGACACUACCCCGAAGGAGACCAACUCCCCUUCUUCAGCAGUGGAUCCCUUGCCUUCUACUCCUCCUGUCACUCCCCCGAAGGACACCAACUCCCCUUCUUCAGCAGUGGAUCCCUUGCCUUCUACUCCUCCUGACACUACCCCGAAGGACACCAACUCCCCUUCUUCAGCAGUGGAUCCUUUGCCUUCUACUCCUCCUGACACUACCCCGAAGGACACCAACUCCCCUUCUUCAGCAGUGGAUCCCUUGCCUUCUACUCCUCCUGACACUACCCCGAAGAAGACCAACUCCCAUUCCUCCCUAGUGGAUCUUUUCUCUUCUACUCCUCCUGACACUCCCCCGAAGGACACCAACUCCCCUUCCAUAUCAAAAAGGUCCACUUCUUCCUUCUCCAAACGUUCCUCUUCUUUAUCGUUGUUAUCAUCAUCCACCACAACAACCACACCUCUUACAGACCCCACGACCACGACCACACCCACUGCAACCUCCCGUACAACCACUACAUCCACUACACCCACUGAAACCUCCCGUACAACCACUACAUCCACAACACCCACUGAAAACUGUACAAUCAUUAAAACUUCCUGUACCAACCAUACAACCACUGAAACCUUCUAUAUAACCCCUGAAACCUCCUAUAUAACCCCUGAAACCUCCUAUAGAACCCCUGAAACCUCCUACAGAACCCCUGAAACCUCCUAUAGAACCCCUGAACCCUCCAAUACAACCCCUGAAACCUCCAAUACAACCCUUGAAACCUCCAAUACAACCCCUGAAACCUUCAAUAUAACCCCUGAAACCUUCAAUAUAACCACUGAAACCUGCAAAACCAUUAAAAACUGCUGUACAACCACUCAACCUUCCAAUACAACUACUCAACCCUCUGAUACAACCACAAAGCCCUCUGAUACAACCACAAAGCCCUUUGAUACAACCACUCAACCCUCCGAUACAACCACAAAGCCCUCUGAUACAACCAUUCAACCUUCCAAUACAACCACUCAACCCUCCAAUACAACCACUCAACCCUCCAAUACAACCACUCAACCCUCUGAUACAACCACUAAGCCCUCUGAUACAACCACUAAGCCCUCUGAUACAACCAAUGAAACCUGUACAGUCACUGAAAUCUGCACAACCAUUAAAACCUGUACAACCAAUGGAACCUGUACAACCAAUGGAACCUCUUGUAUAACCACUGAACCCUCCAGAACAACCACUGAACCCUCCAAAACAACCACUGAAACUUCCGACUCAACCACUGAAUCCUCCGAAACAACCACUGAAACCUCCGAUUCAACCACAACAACCCCCACUACAACCAGUACAUCCCAUAUUCCUUCCACUGCAAGCACUACCACAGCUCCUCCCCUCACCUUCCCCCCCCCCACUCCAGCUUCAACAGCCACCGAGACCGCUCUUUGGAUCGUGACGGCAUUUGUUUUCCUGAUCGGCGUUGUGAUCGUGGUAGGAGCCUACCUCUACUACAGCCGCAAGUACAGGCCCAUCUAUACACUAUUCAGAGGUCGUGCCGAAUCCUUUGAGCUGCCGCUGGUGGUGCCGGCGCCGCCCGACGUCAGCGUGGAGCGGCGCAUCCUGCUCUCAGACCUCACCGACACCGUGCAGAAGCUCUUCGCUCAAGGUCACAUUGGCAUGACAAGGGAAUACGCUGAGCUCAAGUCAAUAUCCUCGGCAAAGUCAACCUCUAUCUCCAUGCUGCCUGAUAACAAGUACAAGAACCGCUACUUCAACAUCCUUCCGUAUGACGAGAGCCGCGUGGUGUUGAAGGAGUACCCACGAGUCCCCGGCAGCGACUUCAUCAACGCCAACUACAUCCACGGAUACUCGGUGGCCCGUGAAUACAUCGCCUGCCAAGGGCCGCUGGGACACACGGUGGACGAUUUCUGGCGCAUGGUGUGGGAGAAGAACGUCCAUGUCAUCGUCAUGGUCACCCAGUGCAUCGAGGGACAAAAGGAAAAGUGCAGCCAGUACUGGCCAGACCCCGACCAGUCCUACACCGCCAGGUACGGAUCGCUGAGUGUCAAAAAUAUGGAGGAGCAGAAGCACCGCACGGGAGGCUUCCUGCACCGCAAGCUGCACCUCUCCAAGGGCAUGCAGAAACACAAGUCCCGUUUGGUCCACCACUUCCAUUUUACGUCCUGGCCGGACAUGGGCUGCCCCGCCACGCCAGACCAGCUGAUCAACUUCGUUAAAAUCGUCAAGACCACUACGCCCAAGAACUGCUCUCACGUGGCGGUGCACUGCAGCGCCGGUGUGGGACGAACGGGAACCUUCAUCGCCCUCAACAACCUGAUGGAAGAGCUUCAUGACCAAACCAGUAUUGAUAUCUUCCACGCCGUGUACAGGAUGAGGCUGAACCGAACGAAUAUGGUGCAAACAGAGGCCCAGUACGCCUUCCUCUACAAGUGUGUGCUCAAGUACUACCUGGAUGAGUCAGGAAAGAGUGACUCUUGGCCCGACAUUAAGAGAAGAUUAGAAAACAAGGAUAACAUUCCUGAUGUGAUCACAGGGACCUUGAAAGAGGCAGUAAGAAUUCCAGAGGAGGACGAAGAGGAAGAGGAAGAGGAAGAGGAAGAAGAGGAAGUAGAGGUCCUUGUGAACGUGUAACAUGAUGGGCCUGACCUUGACGGCACAAGUAACAGAGAAGUCAAAUGAGAAUGUUUGGGUGAAAUUUUUAGGACCAUUGUGCCAAUAUAGCCUGGAAAAAUUAGGGUUAGCAGUAGACGUUAAAACUAGGUAUAUAAAGUUAACUGAAUGCUCAUAAUCACUAUCAUCAUCAUCAUCAUCAUCAUUGUAUUCGUCAUUAUAUGUAACUUAAGGGGCAAAAGUUAUUCCCAGUGUUGUAUAACGUACCUCUGUCUGGUAUCAUCGUUCUUCAUCCUACUCUGAUAAGGUUCUGAUUCCUUCUCUCCACCUGGUUCUCUCGGCACUGACUUCGACAACUCCUGAGCUGGGGGUCGUUCUAUAAGACAUUUCGUUACCCAAGAACACUUAUUUCACAAGGCUUUCGCAGGAGUUGUGGGCAUUUCCAGGAAUAGUUUUAUGACCCUGGUUGUAGUGUGACCUUUCCUCUGUACCGUGAACCUGAAGAAACACACAUUAGAACCCUACUGACCCCCUCUUUGACCUUUAGAAAUACCUGAUGUGAGAAGCAAAAGUGAUAUUGACAGUUAUGGGCAGAGUGUAACCUGCCCAUCGUACUCUGAUAAGGUUCUGACUCCUUCUCUCCAUAUGGUUCUCUCGGCAUUGACUUCUACAACUCCAGCUUUGCCACUCCGUUACGCCGGCUGUCCAUCUGUUGACAGUUAUAAGCAGAGAGUAACCUGCCCAAGUCUAGUUCUUAUGUUUCUUUUCAUCAGUAGAACACGUUUGAUAUUUGUUACCUUACCAAUAUUACUCUCUGUCUCUCCAGCAUAUAGUUCUAAGGCAAUAACUCCCAUUCCUAUUCCCUUCUGAUUUCUUUUCCGUGGACUGAAUUUUUCUAUAUAUGUGUCCUUUUUGUCGCCAGUCAGCACCAAGGACCGGUUUUAUGGGUGGUGAAUUAAACCCUCUACGUUGCAUAGCAUAUAGUACAAAGGCAAUUCCUCCCAUUUCUAUUCCCUUCAGAUUUCUUUUCCGUGGAGUGGAUUUUUCUAUAUAUAUGUGUGCUUGCUUUUUGUCGCCGGCCACCACCAAGGACCAGUUUUAUGGGUAGUGAGUUCAACCCUCUACGUUGCAUAG